CAUGUGCUAGAUCCUAAUCACAGUUCUCUGUAGUAUUUUGUGCAGGUGGCUAGGCUGGGAAGCUGAAGAUGUAUGGCCAGAGUUUGAGUGCAGACUCUCCAGAUACCAACCUGAGGAGAGAUGCCCAAUUCCAUGCGUUUGUGGGAGUGCUUGUGUCAUCUACAAUCUUCAAUUUAAUCAUUCUUGGUACUAUCAUCCUGAAUGCUGUUACCAUUGCCAUGGAGACAACAGAACUCAGCGAAACGAUUCCGGUGUUCUUCAUCGUAACGGACGAUAUAUUUUUGGCAGUUUUUAUUGUUGAAUUUCUUCUCAAGGUGUAUGCAGAACCCAUUGGCUACUGGAAGAACAACUACAACGUGUUUGACUUUACAGUACUCAUCUUCACUGUCGCACAGUUCAUCCUCAUUGCUCUCGACCUUGGACCAGCUGGGAUCACAGUUCUAAGAGUCGUUAGAGCUCUGAGCUCACUGCGCACCCUUCGCUCUAUCUCCUUUAGCCGUGGUCUGCAGGUGUUGGUCACAGCUCUUAUCCACACAUUCAGAAAUGCUGUUUUUCAUCUUCUGUUGCUUCUGUUUAUUUUUAUGUUCCUCUUUGCCAUCAUGGGCUAUUACUUCUUUGGCUAUGACGAAGGUGGAGACAAGCAGAACUGGGGCGACUUUGGAAUUGCCAUGCUCUCUCUCUUCAACUUUGUGACAGCGGAGGGUUGGACUGAACUACAGCGAGAACUAACCAACCAUGGAUAUGUGGGCAGUGAAUUUUUCUCAAUUGUUUUCUUGUUCCUCGGUCAUUUCAUAUUUACCAACUUGUUUAUUGGCGUUGUGAUAAUGAAUAUUCACUCUGCAACCAAGGACCAUGAAGUCGCCCAGAAAGCCGAGAAAGAAGUAUUUAUUCAGAACAAGAAAAAGGCCAUGAUCCAGAAACAACAUGAAGACGUUCUUGAAGUGCUAGCAAAGCAGAAUAAUAGUGACUUCAAUACUUUUCAAGAGCUGACAGAGGAAUUCCAGAAGACUCUGAGACAUGAGGACUUUAUUUACACUACUGACCUAUGCACAACAGUUUCAUGGAUGGACACCAUGGUUGCCUCACUAACCCAUCUGGAGAGCAGCAAGUACUGGGUGCAGCAGCUACAGUUUGAAAUUUCCGAGACUCUUGCUCAGAUGAAAGAGCUACAGUUACAAGCUGAACAGGAUAUGUACAUGUAGUUUUACUGUACUGAUUUAUUAUUGUCAAACAUUUUAUUGUGGACAUGCGCAUAGUAAAUAAAUUAUUUGUGGGCGUAUCUCGUACACU